AUCUUCAUUUAAACAUCACAACAUGACUUUUGAUGCGUUUCUUGUUAGAGAAAUUGCUAUUGCAUUUUUUAUCUUCAUCAUUUCACAUUUCUCCAUAAGCUUAAUUCUCAAAAACACUUAUAAAAGACUCCCUCCAGGCCCAAGAGGAUGGCCAAUUCUAGGUGUUUUGCCACAAUUGGGAACCAUGCCUCAUGUCACACUCACAAACAUGUCCAAGAAAUAUGGACCCAUCAUGUACCUAAAAAUGGGUACUUGUGACACUUUGGUUGCUUCAACUCCAGAUGCAGCUAGAGCAUUUCUCAAAACCCUAGACCAUAAUUUCCUAAACAGACCCAAUAUCAUGGGUGCUACUUAUUUAGGCUAUGACUCACAAGACCUUGUUUUUGCCCAAUAUGGGCCUAAAUGGAAACUCCUUAGGAAAUUAACAACCUCACACAUGCUUGGUGGAACAGCCCUUCAAAGUUGGAGUCAUGUGAGAGAAAAUGAAGUUAAACAAAUGGUGAAAUCAAUUUAUGAGUUUGGGAAAAAAGGUCAAGUAAUAGAGAUUGGUGAUUUGUUGAGUUAUGCAAUAGUAAAUAUGGUGAGUCAAGUUGUACUAAGCAAACCUAUAUUUGAAAAUAAAAGACAAGAGUCAAAGGAGUUUAAGGAAAUGGUUGUGGAAUUCAUGAUAAUAUCUGGAGUCAACAUUGGUGAUUUUGUUCCUUUUAUUGGUUGGAUGGACUUGGAAGGUUUGGUGGGUAAGAUGAAACGUUUGCAUAAGAGGUUUGAUGUGUUUUUGAAUGAGGUGAUUCAAGAUCAUGUCAAGUCUGCUCAUCAACGUAAAGAGAAGCCAGAUAUUUUGGAUGUUUUGAUGGAAAAUGGUGAUGAUAAUUCUGCUGACAGAUUGAGUUUGUCCAACAUCAAGGCUGUUUUACUGAAUUUGUUCACUGCAGGGACAGAUACAUCAGCAAGCAUCAUAGAAUGGGCACUUGCUGAAAUGCUGAAAAACCCAAACAUCUUAAUAAAGGCACAAAAAGAGAUAGAUGAAGUGGUAGGAAAAGAAAGAAUGGUUGUUGAAUCUGACUUACAAAAAUUACCAUACCUUGAAGCAAUAUGCAAAGAGACAUAUCGUUUGCAUCCUUCAACACCACUUAGUGUUCCAAGGGUAUCAAGUAAAGCAUGCCAAGUAAAUGGUUACUACAUUCCCAAAGAUACAAGGUUGAAUGUUAACAUAUGGGCCAUAGGAAGAGACCCAAAUAUAUGGGAUAAUCCAUUAGAGUUCAAUCCAGAGAGGUUUUUAAGUGCAAGAAUUGAUCCAAGUGGAGUUGAUUUUGAGUUGAUUCCUUUUGGAGCUGGAAGGAGGAUUUGUGUUGGGUAUAAGAUGGCUAUUGUGGUGAUUGAAUUCAUUUUGGGGACACUGAUACAUUCUUUUGACUGGAAAUUACCAAAUGGUGUAGAGCUCAACAUGGAUGAAGCCUUUGGAAUUACUUUACAAAAGGCAGUGCCUUUGUCAACUUCGGUUACCCCUAGGUUGAAGACUCGUGCUUAUGUUUAAUAGGAAACGGAUUAUUCACUAUAUUUAAUGUAACAAAGUUUUAAUAAAGUCAUUUAAAUAAAGUUUCAAUAAUGUGUCAAAGUAUUGAUUCAAGAUUGUAGGAAGUUUUUACCAUUUGGAAUAAAUAUUUAGAGUUCACCUAUUAUAAUUAUGAUGAUAGUUUGUUUAACUA